GACCAUCUUUCUCCACAUACGAUCUUUGGCUGAAUUAUAUCAUGGCGCAGUCUUAUUGCGUCAUCAAGGAGUUUUUUUUUUUUUUAAGUAGUUAAUAAUGGCGUCCUCAAAUCUUUCCUUUUUUGGGGUGUUGUAUAUGUUUACACUCGCAUCUGUCUACGUUUAAGUUUUAUUUACGGUAAUAUACGUUUACGUCGUCACAUGAUGGAAAGUAUUUGGGUUUAAGCCGGCGUCGCACAGUAUGACGUUGUUGCUUUUCUGUCGAGCGCCAAACACAAAAUACAGUGAGGAUGUGACGUGAGUUUGUAGAGUUUGAGAAUGACGGACGGGUUCAAACUGUUUAAAAGCUCUCGACUUUCUUGCAAAGACAUCGCGGAACCGCCGAUAUUGAUCCCAUCAUCAGAGUCGAGCUGCUCAGACGAAGAAAUAACGCCGCAGAAAACGGAUCGAACACUUUCCUCCAGUGAGGGGAAGACGCCAAGAAAAAUCUUCCCAAUCUUCGUGCGGACUUUACAGAACAACAAAAGUAACCUUAGUUCAGAGAGACAGCCGUAUCAGACCGCUGAGGGCGCGCGGGCAGCAGCGUUUUCUAAUCAGAAAAAAAAUGAUCCACUGGCGGUUUCCCCUCACCUGACUGGGAAGGAUGGGCGGGGCUUGUCCACCUGUGGAGAGCAGCUGCCAGACUCAGAACUGCAAGGCAGUCUGGACGAAAUCCAGACCUCAAACCCAUCAUUUCCUGUCCACACUGUUUUCAGUGCUUUGCAGAAGAAAGCCCGUGAUGGACUGCAAAAGAGUAAAGCAGGUCACGCUUCGCACAAAUCUCCACCCUCAAAAAAGAAGAGGAAGGAAGAAAUCGAAGGGUCUGGGAGGUUGAUGAAGCGCCCCAGGUGCUGCGUCUCUGCAGAGGCCGCCAUGGAUCCGGAUCUCCACAGCUUCUCCGCUCAGAAGAAGCCCAGAGGCAGUAAGCUGAGCCUGAGCCGCACUCGCAGGCUGAAGCAGCAACGUGGCAGGCCUGCAGUCCACCAUCAGUGUCACUCUGGACCAGAGCUUCACCAAGGAGGUUCCUGCGUGGAGGACACUCUCUGGACAGACAAGUACAGUCCUCAACAUUCAAGUGAAGUCAUUGGAAAUGCCGCCUCUGUAGCUAAACUGCACAGUUGGUUGAAAAAAUGGAAGCUACGAGCCAAUCAGGAUGAGAGGAGAAAGAUGGAAGAAAGACGACGAGAUGACGAUUCAUGGGACUGUGGAGAUUUCCAGGGGGAAUCCGCCUCAGAGGACCCAGACGAGGAGUUCCUGUGGAACACGGUGCUGAUCAGUGGACCCCCGGGUGUCGGGAAGACGGCCUCGGUGUACGCCUGCUCCCAGGAGCUGGGCUUCAAGGUGUUUGAGGUGAACUGCUCCUCCCAGCGCAGCGGCCGCCUCCUCCUGUCCCAGCUGAAGGAGGCGACUCAGUCUCAUCUGGUGGAGAUUUCGGGAGCAGACCGGCUCAAACCGGUCGUCUUCAGCAGCAUUCAGAGAUCUGAGGCGGGAAAAACUUCCCUUCCCAAAAACGUCACUUCGGCUUCAAAGAAAGCAGCAAGAAGGAAGCUGAGCUCCCGCCGCCACAAAGCGCCAGCAGACGCCCUCACUCUGGCUCACUUCUUCAAAGUAAAGCGUGAAGCUGACGGCUCGCGCCUUGGCGGCACGCCACCGUCUGGAAGUCCAGACCGGAAGCUCCUGUGCCACUCGUUUGCCGGCCGUGACCAAUCAGAGCCGCGGAGCAAAAGCGCGGCCACCUCCCUGAUUCUGUUUGAAGAGGUGGACGUCAUCUUUGAGGACGACGUCGGCUUCCUUGGAGCCAUCAAAGCAUUCACGAAAACCACAAAGAGGCCCGUAGUUCUGACCACAAACGAUCCUUUAUUCAAGGACAGGUUUGACAGCAGCUUGGAGGAAAUCGUCUUCAAAGCCCCAUCAGAAGGGAGUGUCGGCAGCUACCUGCAGCUGGUGAGUCUGGCCGAGAACAGGCGGCUGGAUUCAGGCGAUGCCAGAAACCUCGCGGCGCUCACGGGUGCUGAUGUGAGGCGCUGCCUGCUGCAGCUGCAGCUCUGGCUCCGCAGUGGAGGAGGCGGAGCCCAAACCGGCGGGCUUACUAAACAGCUGCUCCCUCCAAAGAAAUGCAGAUCAGAGCUUCCUCCAUGUGAAACCAGCUGCUCUGCCUCGAUGUUGGGCCUCCAGUCUGUGAGUCUGAGUCGUCUUCUGGACGUUCUGAAGUCUGAACCGGACACAAAGGUGUUCCUGAACCUCCUGGCUGAGAGCUGGAGAGGAGGCGUGCCUCUUCUUUACUCCAACCUGGAGCUGCUCCUGUCCUCUGGAGCCUCGGUCCUCGGUCCGGAUGAGGAGACGGGCUCCUGUCUCCACGCUGAUCUUCGGCAGCAGAAACGGAACAUCACCUGCAGAACAUCCGCCUCCCGGCUGAGCCGGCGGAGGGGCAGCGCAGCAGCGACAAACCCCCGUUUGAUUAAAUCAUGGAUGCCAAGAGACUCGGGUUUGAAUGGAAAUCGGGAGGAAAAAGCCGCUGACUCCACAGCCGCCCUCGCAGACUUCUUUGACCUCAUGUCAUAUCUGGACUCCACAUUUCCAGACGCGGGACGGCCUGUUUCAGGCUCUUCCCGUUCCACAGCGUUCGUCUGGACGGGAGCAGCGUUAGCAGACGGCUCUUUGGACGAGACGGGCGAGGAGGAGCGUCUGGGUGACGGCGAAGAGGGGCUCCUGGACAUCAGGGCUGCUGCUGAAGGGCUGGGCUUUGGCAUCUGCAGCAGGAGCGUGACCGAGGCGUGGAUUCUACCUCACACUGAAGAAUGGGAGAGCGAGCGUUCGGGGACAACCACGCUUCCUAAAACACAGACACUCAUCCUCACCUCUCAACCUCUUUGUGCCCCGAGUUUGGCCCAAAGGAGGCUGAAGCUGAGCAGGAAGGUGCUGAGCAGCAGGACCUUCGGCCUGCUGGGGAACAGGCGCGCGGUCUGCGCCGAGUACCUGCCGGUCCUGCGCUUCAUUUGUCACAAACGGAAAGAACAAGCCAGCUUCAUGCUGGACCUCUCCAAGUCCACCGUGCAGCUUCUGGCUAAAGACUUCAUCUGGAGAAGUUUGGAAAAACCUCUGAACCGAACAUCUUCCAGUCUGAUGAACUCCUGUCCGCCUGCUUUACACCAGCUGAUGUGAAAUUGUAUUUUUGUUAAUAAGGUCUAAUUCUGAACUGUAAAUAAAGUAGAUUUUAAUGGAACAAAAGGCAAA